AUGCUUAAGUCAAAAGCUGACUUACUUAAGCAGAAGGAACUAGCCACCUACAACAACUCUAUGCGGUUGGGCCAAAGGUUCAACAGCUAUACACAACAGUCCACAACCCGGAUAGAUGAAGCCGAUGAUGGGGCGAGCGACCUCACGCCAGCCGACUAUCGGCCUCAACCACAGGGCAAUAGGCCACCUACGUCUUCCCAAAUAAUGCCAUGGGCGAAGCCGCAAAUCGUGACGUGUUCAUCACACUUCGUGGACAAGACCAGUGAUGUGACUGACGCCAUGAACAUUUCCGGGUCUCUUUCCAUCAAGACAGCCACCAUCUAUAGUGAUAUCAAUUUCCACCUUCAGGUCAAGGUGACCAACCAAAUCCAUGAGCCGCCUGAGUACUGCAUUUUCAUCAAGAUCAGCAAGGUGAAGAAGGAGGAGUGCUCCGAAGUGUAUGGCGACUGCUUCAUCUCUGGGUGGGAAGAAGAUGGAGAACUUAAUGCCGUCAUCUCGAUCAAGGGCAUAGAGUCUCUCAAGAAGGCAGCCGCGGCAUUGCCUGAUCUUGUCGCCGUUACUCCCCAGCGGACGUACGCUAUCCUGACCAAGUACACAUCCUUGACCGACUUUCAGAUGAAGAAGGAUGGUUUCUCGCUUCUUGACUACAAAAGUGCAGGGAUCUACACUAAUGCCCUCCUCGAUCACAACAUGGACUACAAGGCCGUGUGGAAGCAGAUCUCACAUGCUACCUACGAGCUCAAGGGAAAUCGCGCAACUAUCGAGACUGGUCGCCCUGGAGAGGUUAUUCGACAGAGCAACUACGUCAACGAAGAGGAUGAAGAUGAGAAAGAGGACAGUAUUCAGUUCCCAGUCUUUAGCCCGGCGUUUGCUGGGCUGAUACACGCUCGCAAGGUCUGCCGCUUCGAAAUGGCCAAGAUUGUCAAUGAAGUAGACCUAGUGGCUAGGAGCCCCAAGCUUGCGACAGACACCAGGCGUGACUCGUUCUUCCUCAAUCCACUAGUUUUCGAGCAACUACUCCCCGUCGUUCGCUCGCUGUCUCCGGAGAGCGCCAGGCUUCGCUUAAAGGACCCCAAUGCGGCCUUACUGCUUGGCUACGUAGCCCCCUCUCAGGACGACGAUGCGCUACCCCCCGUCUACCUCUUCAAAGAGUCAUUGGGUCAACAAGACCUACGGCUGCAAAACUCGGUUCAGCGCUGCUCUUGGAAGGCUGAGGAUUACCUCAUGCAUGGAUGUGCCGGUCUCGUUGGAGAAAGGGCCGUGCAUUCGAGUGCAACCUUAGUCAACGAUCUAGAAACCAUCGAUGCCACGUUCCGCCCCGACAAAAUUAUGGUGUGGUUAAAAGACCAAACUGUGGGCGGUAUCCGCCUCAAGUACGCUAAGGGAGUGGAAAAGUCCCAUGGCAGCUGUGAAGGGCCAGCGACUCAUCAGUGGAAUUUGGCCUCGGAUGGCUCUGAGAUCAUCGUCGAAGUCGUGGUUCGGGAGGAAAUGAGGAGCGCAGAGACGGUCAUAACAUCUAUUACCUUUGUCACAUCAUAUUGUAAUGUCUUUGACACCGUCGUUCCUCAGGGGAGUUCGGCACCAUCGACAUUAACCGUAGGUCCUGAUUCAAAGGUGACGACUUUCCUCCGCCCCGAGGGAGCCCAGUGGUCUCUCCCAGGCUUCUUCAGCUUCUCUGCAAAUAGCUCUACCGAGCAUCCCGCUGGUACUCCCUGCACCCUGGGCAUCAUCUGGUCUAAGGAUACCUUCGUGCCUCUUCCUGCCGCCCCGUUAUCCGUGCAAAUCUGUAAAUCGUACCUGAGCCUGGGCAAAAGUCUCCAGGCUAACGUGAAGCGCUUCAAACAUCUGAAGAACUUCGCAAGCUUUCCUUUCUACUUUAUCCUUGGAGCUACCGCCGCCGCUACUUCUAGAAAUGUUGCCGGCGGGGCCGCAUCGGUUGACGAUAUAUCCGAGCCCUUCAACGCACUCGAUGGGAUAGAUAUCGACUGGGUCGUCAAGACCAUUGCUUUUGCCUCGAAUGGGGAAGUCAUUUACGGCAACUUUGGCCGUGAGGUAUGGAAGUGCGAUGGAGCGUCGCCCUUAAUUGUCGCCAAACUGACUGCUGGCCGGAUAUCGGCGGGUGGCCCAGGAUUUUUGGAUGCCGUUGAGUUCAUUCGCGCUGACCUGGCUAGAAAGAAGGGCGAGCAGGCGGCAUGGCCCCUUGAUGUCUCGACGCUACGCUACCUGGGGGAGGGAGAUAUGAGAGUUACGGUGGACGUUGGUCAGGUUGUGGAGCGGGCUCCGAAUUUUGGUGGCAAUGCUAGAUGGACAUGCAGAGGAUUUUAUGGCGAGUCCAAGGAUGGGUUCAUAUCGAGGCUUGGUAUAGUUUGGGGACGAGGUUAG